AUGUCUCUGGUUACAGAGGAAAUCAAGGCCAAGGCUGAGUACUACCAAGGGCAUCAGUUCUGUCAAGAGAAGUCAAAGUUUUUGCUCACAGAAAUGGGCUUGCCCAAUGGCUUAUUGCCACUGCAAGACAUUGAGGAAUGUGAGUAUGUGAAAGAAACUGGCUUUGUGUGGCUAAGGCAGGAAAGGAGCAUAACCCACAAGUUUGAAAAGAUUGGCAAGCUUGUUUCUUAUGCCACUGAAGUCUCAGCUUAUAUUGAGCACAAAAAAAUCAAGAGGCUUAGUGGGGUCAAGGCCAAGGAGCUUUUGAUUUGGGUUACACUCGAUGAAAUCUUUGUGGAUGAUCCUCCAACUGAUAAAAUUAUUAUCAAUAGUCUUACAGGGCUGUCCAGGACCUUGCCAGUUUCAGCUUUUGAAAUUGAGGAUGGAAAAGAUCUCUGAUUUUCAGAAGUAGCAUGAGUUCUAAAAAAGCUUUUUUUAUUGUUGUGAUGCUUUGUUACCUUUUAUACCAGUGUUACUGAUAAUAAAAAAGUGAACUUUACAGAAUUUUAUGAAGAUCGAGUUUUUGACACCUUAGAUAAUAGAGAUUAUAGCUUGGAGGAUAGUUGUUUGAUCCAUGCUUGUAAAGGUUUACCA